UUCUGAGAGAUUGGUCUCCUGGUUUUUGCUUGUGUAUUAACUUGCUCGUUUUAACCUAAUAUGAUUGGUAGAAUUCUAGUUCAUGUGAAAGCAUGUGUAUAGACUUCAGGAAGGAUUUGUAUUGUUUCAGGAAACCCUUCCUGAAACAAGAUGGGAGAUCCAUUACCAUUAAGACUAGCACUGCCUGAGCUGAGAUAUCCGAUUGGAUCAGAGCCAGAGAAGACGAUAUCGAUAAACCAACACUCGAUAGUUGCUUAUAUCAAAACUGUUAAGGAAAUUCUAGGAAAUGAUGAGUUCAACAGAAUAAGAGGGACGUUUUUGGGACCGGUGAUCAAGCUUGGAGAGAGGUCUUUGAAAUUAUCAGCUAAGAUAGUGCACGCAGUUCUCACCAAAAGCAUCAGGACAGUGAAGAGACACGAAUCCUGGUUCCAUUUUGGUGCUCAGCCAAUGAGGUUCUCUAUAAGAGAAUUCCACAUGGUGACUGGUUUGAAAUGUAGUGGUGAAGCAAGAGAACCACGAGAGGAAACCGAGAGAUUUAAGUGGGACUUCCUAAAAGGGCGUACUCAUACAGUAAAGGACGUGGAGAAGCAGCUCAGAAACACAAGAGAAGAUGCUUCUGAUGAGAGAUUCUGCCUUGCAAUGCUCCUCCUGAUUGAGAGCAUACUACUACAGAAGAGCCUUCUCGACGGUGGCACAACUUUUACUUUGGAUUAUGUGAAAAUAGCGCAGGAUAUGGAUGUCUUGAUGACAUACCCAUGGGGGAGAACAGCUUAUAAUUUGCUGUUAAAAUCACUUCAGAGAGCUGUCGACAAAAGCCUCGACAAAAACAAUUAUGAUUUGCAAGGAUUCCCUAUGGCAUUUCUUAUAUGGAUACUUGAGUCAGUACCUUUGCUACAGUAUGCAUUCAGUCAAGUGGUUCCUAUUCUGAGCGUUCAACCGUCUACCCCAAUAUUUUUGUGUGAGAAGUACCUUCAAAUAGCUUCUCCACAGCUGAUAGAUGUUCUCCUAAUUGAAAUCAAAGAUCAUGUAAAGUUUUUACAUUAUUUUUUUCUUGUUUCUGUUUUGCCUUAUGAUUCUCCAUUUAAAAGCUAAUUAUUUUUAUGGUUUCAGCUUAAGGUCAUAUGCAUCCUACCUCCUAUUCCUAAUGAUCCAGAAGCUGAUGUUUGCAUGGAAGACGAAGCUAAUAAAGAUCUGGAUGACAUGGCCGAUUUAUCCAAGAGAGGUUAUAAGUUUAAAAUUAGAGAUUGGCGAAACAUGUCAGUAGACCUAUACGGUGCUAAUGAACAAAUAAGAAGAGCAUCUUUACUGUUUGGGAAUGGAGGGAUGAGUCAAGCUUCUUCUUCGUAUCAGGAGGAGUCUUUGGAAUCAAAGAUCAACAGAAUCAGCGAGAUGGUGGGAGAUAAUUUAAGGAUCAUGAACGAUCGUUUGUGUUUGAUUGAAAAAGACAGGAAACAGAUUAAAGAACGUGUGACAAAACUAGAGAAACUACAAAGAGUUACUUCAUAUGAAACUCCAAACAAUGAGGUAACUUUUUUUCGGAAAUUAAAAUUAAUGUUUAUCUAGUUCUUGAUUCAGUUUUUUUUUUGAGUUGUCAAGUAAUUUUGGAAGAUGUUAUACAUAUUUAGGAUUGCCUUCCUAAUUUUUGUUCUACUUGCACAGACUGACACAACUCCAUUUCAUGAGACGGCUUCCAGACAAGGUGAAGCCAAUACAGAUCAAGCAGAUGAACAACUUAACAAUGAGGCAAGUAUAAUUUUGAAAACUGUUGGUAUUUAUAAAAUUAUGAAUUUGGUUGUACUUCAAUUAAUUUUUGGAAGUUCUUGUACGUGUUCAUAAUCCCAUUCCUGACUUCAGGAUACACGAGAGCCUAUGAAUGAGAUCACGAAAGAGACACCUGGUUCUCCAAUAGCUCAACAGAAUAUUGAGACUCCAGUCCUUACUCCAAUUCAGACGCAACAGGUACAUUCUUUAAAAAAAUGGACUUUUCAAGUAAUUUUUGGAAGCCCUUGUACGUGUUCAUGAAACCAUUCCUGAAUUCAGGAGACUCACGAGCUUAUGAAUGAGAACAUUUCACCAAACAUUCAGGAGACUCACGAGCAAAAUAAGGUAUUACUUUUAUUUUAAAACCUUUAAUAAAUAUAAAGCAACUAUCAAAAUGACUGGAUAUCCUUGAAUCUAAACCAUCACAGGAUGUAGAAAGCAGAGUUCAAAAUACCUUUGAGAUCGGAGCAAAUGUGGAGAUUUCAUCACAAGAUGACAAUACUUGUCAUAAAUGGUAUCCAGGAAAUGUGUUGGCAACAUAUUUGGUUGAUGGGGUUGAGAUGGUGAAAGUUGAGUACUCCGCACCGUCUCUGGACGAAAAGAAGAGGAAAAGGAGUGUUGAGACACGUGUAUCAAUUGACAGAAUACGUCCUCAACCACCACCUGAGAGACCUGGAGCGAAGAAAAGUUAUGAGCUAAUGGAUGACGUAGAGGUGUUCGACAAUGGUGCCUGGUGCGCUGGAAAAGUUAAAGUCAUUUUGUUUGAUGGCACGUGUUUUGUCUCUUUGAACAAUUCUACUGAACAAAUUUACUUCAACCAUUCUGAGAUGCGAAAACCAAGAAAAUGGGUAGAUGGUGUUUGGAAGAUGACAGAAAAGGUAAAACAAAUGCCUUGGAUAACUUGAAUUGAAAAAUAAUGUCAUUUGUUUAAUAUCUCGGUAUUGUUUUUCAGAUAGAAGAAGAGCAGACGCAGAGUGUGAAUCCAAGUGAAGGAGAUGGUGAUAAAAAGGUAUGAAAUAUUUAUACAUCAUACUAGGAAUUAAGAUAUAAAUGUAUCUGAAUUUUUGUCAUUCAAAAAGGGGAAGGCGAAGGCUGUCGCUUGUAAGAAGAAGAAGAAAGCAAAUGCUCAGCCAGUAGAUUUGCUUCCUUUUCUACAGCGAGAAGAGAAGAGGCCAAUACGACCUAGAAACCCUCCUAUGCCUGUAACACCUGAGGUAAUCCUUCCAAUUGAUCCAUUUGUGACACCUGAAUUUCCUCGGUUUUCAAGGCUUGCACACUGGAUGGAUCUACGGGGCAUAUAUCGUGUACCGUUUUAUAUCAAUGGAAGAGAAAUUGAAAAAGAGUUCUUUCAAAAAAUGGACGAUGCAGAAAAGAAUCUCAACAAAGAGCACAUAAAUGUUGCAUUUGAAAUGCUAAAUUGUAAGAGGGUUGAGCAAGGUGCUUGGUUCCGCAACAACAAUCUUCCAGCAGCAUGCUUUGUACCAGUCAGAUUCUUAGAAGUGGUUGGGUACGCUUAUGAAUCUGUCAGGAAGCCACAUAAGAAAAAACAAACGUUAUUGGAGGGCUGUGUAGGCGAACUUGUGAAAGGUUUAAUACAUCCAAAGAAGGUAUGGCUGGAAGAUGUUGAUGUUAUAUAUGGUGUCAUUGAAGAUAAGUUGAGCUAUCACUAUAUUGGGGUGGAGAUACAAUUGAUUGAUAACACAAUCACACUCUUCCAUUGUGGUCUUCCAAAAGCAAAUAUCAAACGUGCUCUUAAUCAAAUCCAAGAACUGGCAGGUAAAAACUCUUUGUGAUUUAUUAAUUUUAUCAUUCAGUGUAGAAAAAUCAGUUUUAUUUAUAUUGUUACAUUGAUUAUGGAUAGGAUUGUGAAAGUAUGCGUAUCCUGAAAAAAGAAUUUUAGCUAAUUUAGAAAAUAAAAGUUUGUCUCUUGCUGCUUGUGCUUGUGAUGCAUUUUUACAUAUUCAUUUUGUUGUCUGUUGGUGAUUAAUUUAUUGUAUAAUUUUGGGUAUUUAUGACAGUGUUGAUUAGUGCCAUAAAGAUGGAACUUCUUGGUGAAGAGGUUAAUUUCGAAGAUAUCAGUCCAUUUCAAGUUAAGUUUGCAGAAGGGCUUCCAAAGACAAAAUUUCCAUACAACUGUGGUAUUUUUGUUGUGAAGAUGCUGGAAUGCAGGUCACUGGGAUUGAAGAGCAUGGCUAAUAUAAAUGAUGAAACUGCGAUGGACUUACGAAGCAAGCUAUGUUGUGAGAUCUUCGACCAGUUUAUGGAUAAAGAUUUCCAGGAAGGUCAAAGGAAGUGAAAAUGUCAUAUUUGUUCUGUUUUUUACUCUGUUUUUCUACUUUGACGUUAAUUAUCCCUAACGUUUAAGUUUAAGUUUGUAAUGAAUUAUCCCUAACGUUUUUUUCAUUUAGAUUGUUAUUGAAAAUUUUUUAGGA